GUUCUUGCUUGCAUUGGAGGGGAAAAGAAGGGGUGGACGCUCGCGCACGGCACGGAUGCUGAGGGGAUCACUUCUCGGAAUCCCCUUCUUCGCCUCCGACGCCUCCUUGCCGUAUGGCGUAAUCCAUUCCCCGGCGAUGGUUUCUUUUAAAUUCCGCCUCCGUUGGCUUGUUUCGUUAUGGUUUUAGUCUUUUAGAGGUUUUUGGGCGAGCGGAGGAGGAGAGAAGGGCGAUCCGGGGAGGUUUCCGCCUUUUACCAAGGUUUUUGGUUCUUUUUUCCGUCUUUUGCUGGAAUUCUGGCGGUCAAGUGGAAUCUAUUUCCGAUCCGCGGGUGAAAGACUGGAUUUGGAGGUUGGAGUUUUGAUUCGAGGUUGAAUAGGGAUUUUGAGGAGUUCAAUUCACAGUGGAUAUCUUUGCCUUCCACCGAUCUUCCUCUUUUGUCUCUGAUUUUUUAAGCUAAUUUCUUACAUUGAAAUUUUUUCUAGCGAUCAGAACUGAAUUUGAGCUUUUACUUGUUUUAAUAUUUUAUUUUAUAUUUUUUUUGGUUUAAGAUCUUCUCAGCGCUACAAAGAGAUCAGGUUUUUUUUUAAUUAUUAUUAUUUUAAAUCUUCACUUUCCCCGCAAUAUUUUCAAAAGACUAGAAAGGAGCCACCAAAAUUUGAGUUCGGAUCCUCUCAAGUUUGGGGACCGAUCUUUUCUUUUUGUCCCCUUUUACUGUCUGUUAUCAGACAUAAAUGAUCAAACUGAGAAUUUAAUCGUCUCGAUAUGUUGCAGUUGCUCGAUCUGAUUCGAAUUUUACUGCAGAGCUGAGUCCCAAGUGGGUGCAUCUACUGUGGGCAAUUAGAAAAGACGGGUGGAUCAUUUGAGGAAGGUCAGGGUUCGACAGUUUGAAUUAUUCUCGGGUCUAUGGUUUGGGAGCCGCAGGAUGCCAUCUAAAUUCAUGGAUCAGAGGCGCCCGUCUCUAUUUGGCCUUCCCUCUGAGACCUCUUCCUUCUUUUCGGAGGAACUCCCCUUUCCUACUGAGAGACAAGUUGGAUUUUGGAAACCUGACUCCGUGCCUGAUAAUCAUGAAACAGAGGGAAUGCCAUUACUGCCAGGAAGUCAGUCAGUUUCUUCUUCUCCUCUGGAGAAGCUUCAUCUAGCGGCAGCAAACUCUGUGGAAUGCUUAGAACUUUCACAUCCUGAUCUUUUUAAUGAUCAGAAAGCUAAGCUCAGUCUUGAGCCUCAUCUGAUGGGACCAGGCGGGACUAUUAACACAUCAUUGACUUCUUGGAUGACUGCUAACCAUGAUUCUGGAUCCCGACCUUAUCUCUUGGCACAACCUGCAUCCUUAUUUGUGCAAGGGAAUGGAGUUAGCUUAAAUGGGACCCACUAUGAGAAUGGGCUUUUCUCAAGCUCUUUUUCAGACAUACUUGACAAAAAAUUGAGGUUGUCAUCAAACAAUGUUCCUUUAGGGCAGUCUGUUGAUAUGGUGAAUUCCAACAUUGGGGAUGAUGAACCUUUUGAAUCAAUGGAAGAAAUUGAGGCCCAAACUAUUGGAAACCUACUUCCUGAUGAUGAUGAUCUGCUCUCUGGUGUUUUUGACAAUCUUGGUUUUAGUGGUCGACCUAGUGGUGGAGAUGAUAUGGAUGAUGAUAUAUUUUGCAGCGGAGGAGGUAUGGAACUUGAAGCUGAUGACAACGCUAAUGGCAACAAAACUUGUGAUUUUUUUGAAGGUGGGGCCCAAAAUGGUCAGCAAGGGGGACUAAAUGGCCCAUUUACUGGUGAACACCCUUAUGGCGAACACCCCUCAAGAACUCUUUUUGUUAGAAACAUCAAUAGCAAUGUUGACGAUGCUGAGUUAAGGGCUCUUUUUGAGCAAUAUGGGGACAUACGCACACUUUAUACAGCCUGCAAACAUCGUGGUUUUGUAAUGAUAUCCUACUAUGAUAUAAGGGCAGCAAGAAAUGCUAUGAGAGCACUUCAAAACAAGCCACUGGGGCACAGGAAGCUUGACAUACACUUCUCUAUUCCGAAGGACAACCCUUCAGAGAAAGAUAUUAACCAGGGAACACUGGUGGUAUUCAACCUUGAUUCCUCUGUUUCAAAUGAUGAUCUUCGCCAGAUAUUUGGGGUGUAUGGUGAAGUCAAAGAGAUUCGUGAAACUCCUCACAAGCAUCACCAUAAAUUUGUAGAGUUUUAUGAUGUUAGAGCUGCUGAAGCUGCUCUUCGUGCUCUAAACAGGAGCGAUAUUGCAGGAAAGAAAAUUAAGCUUGAGCCUAGCCGCCCUGGAGGUGCAAGACGGUGCUUAAUGCAGCAGUUAUCUCCAGAGUUGGAGCAGGAAGAGCUGAACGGAGGAAAGCAGGGCAGUCCUAAUAACUCUCCAUCGGGAUGCUUUGGAUCCAUCCCUUUUGGUCCAAUUACAUCAAAUUGUCUCGAAAAUGGAGCUAGCCAGGGCCUACAUUCUGCAGCCCAAGGACCUACUGGUCCAUUUUUGGAAUCCACAUUUCAUGGAAUAUCCUCCAGUGGACCUCAGAGUCUAUCCUCCCCUGUUAGAAUAGCAUCAGUAGGUAACCACAGCAAUCAAUCCAUCCAGGAUGAGCUCAGCAACUCACUGGGUCAGUUGAGCUUCGGAUUUCAAAGUUUGCCAGGUUACCAUCCUCGUUCACUUCCUGAGUAUCCCAAUGGAUUAAGUAAUGGAAUCCAAGACAGCUCCUCAAAUACUAUGUCAUCCAUCAGUAUCAAUAUCAAUUCCAGGCCUGCUGAGGGAACUGAUAACAUGCAUAUUCAUAAAGUAGGCUCUGGAAGCCUUAACAGCCAUUCCUUUGAUCAUAGCGAAGGUGCAUUUGGAGUUUCUGGAAAUGGAAGCUGCCCUCUUCAUGGACAUCAGUAUGCUUGGAAUAAUUCAAAUGCAUUCCACCAUUACCCCCCUGGCCCCAUGCUAUGGUCCAAUUCACCAUCAUUUGUGAACAGCAUGCCUACUCAUCCCCCGCCUCAGAUGCAUGGACUUCCAGGAGUUCCAUCUCAUAUGCUGAAUACUGUUCUACCUUUUCACCAACAUCAUGUUGGUUCAGCACCUGCCAUCAAUCCAUCUCUUUGGGAUAGGCGACAUGGCUAUGCAGGGGAUUCCAAGGAUAUACCUGCUUUUCAUCCAGAAUCUCUUGGAACUAUGGGGUUUUCUGGCAGCCCUCAGCUGCAUGCGCUGGAACUUGCUUCUCGCAACAUCUUUCCUCAUGCUAGUGGGAGCUGCAUAGAUCCUUCUCUUUCUCCUGCACAAGUUGGAAUUCCUUCGUUCCAGCAAAGGUGUCACAUGUUCCAUGGAAGGAACCUCAUGACCGCUAUGCCUGCCCCAUUUGAUGCUCCUAAUGAUCGUAUCAGGAGUCGAAGAAGUGAAGCAAGUGCAAAUCAGUGUGAUAACAAAAAGCAAUAUGAACUUGAUAUCGAACGCAUUGUGCAUGGAGAAGACUCUCGAACAACACUUAUGAUUAAAAACAUUCCCAACAAAUACACCUCUAAGAUGCUUUUGGCUGCUAUUGAUGAACAUCAUCGAGGAACUUAUGAUUUUAUCUAUUUGCCCAUUGACUUUAAGAACAAAUGCAAUGUGGGUUAUGCUUUUAUCAACAUGAUUGAUCCUCAGCAUAUAAUUCCAUUUUAUCAGACAUUUAAUGGUAAGAAAUGGGAGAAGUUCAACAGCGAAAAAGUGGCAUCACUUGCAUAUGCCAGAAUCCAAGGAAAAGCAGCUCUUAUUGCUCAUUUCCAGAAUUCAAGUCUUAUGAAUGAGGACAAACGGUGUCGUCCUAUUCUCUUCCAUUCAGAUGGUCCUAAUGCAGGGGAUCAGGAGCCCUUCCCUAUGGGGGAGAACAUCCGGUCGAGGUCUGGCAGAUCAAGGACUGCCAGUAAUGAAGAGAACCUUCAUGGAAAUCCAUCAACCUCUGCAAAUGGAGAAGCUUCUUGCAGUGGAGCGGGCUCUCCUUCAGGUUCCACCAAGGACUCGGAGUGACCCAAGCCACUCAUCCAGGGGCUACUAACGUUAAAGACCAAACCUGUAACAAAAUCUCAUCUCCAAUUUCCCUCUAUUUUUUCUUGUUUUUGUUGUGUCCAGAAUUUGUAGUGAUAACUUCUGUGGCAUGGUGGGCUGCCAAUUUUCACCGUUGGGUGCUGUAGAUUGCAUCACCAAGUGAGUGAGAGAGGGACUUCCAAUUUUCCCUGGAUUAUAUAUUCAGUAACUGAUGACAGAAAGGCGAUAGACACAGGGAGAGCUUUAAGAUUUUGGAUGGACGUAAGAGGAAUAAACGGUGUACAGGAGUUUCAAAAGAGCGAGGACAACCAAAAUUUUCCUAGUUAUGCGGUCUGAGAAGGCCUUCUCUGUGUUUUCUUUCCUUCAAUGUUUUGGUUUUGCUUGCAUUUUUGAGUCUGAGAACCCAUGUGUGGGGUUCUGUUUUCCAGCUGGGUGGGUUGUCCUCGUAGAGGUCCACCUGGCAUAUCAUCAAUAUUGCAUGUUUGUUUACUUAUUUAUACAUCCAUAAAGCACGAAUUUUGCAGUGCUGGGUCUUCUGCUAUA